AUGAAAGUGCUUAUCAUAACAAUUCUACUGAUUUACAUUGUAGCUGCCGCACAUAAAACUCAAUUGACAAAAAUUGAAAGCAAGCGGAAAAGACUUUUCAAAAAAGGCUUAUGGUCCAAACAUCUUAAAAAUAAGAAUCAAUUUCGAGCCACUCGAUCACGAACAAAAGCAGGAGAAAGACUUUUUGCUACUACAAUGAGCGAUGAAAAAGAUGAGGUUUACGAUUACGAUGAUAUGGAAUACGUCGCAAACAUAUCGCUUGGCUCACCCAUUGGAAAGCAGACAUUUUUGGUGGUUUUGGAUACGGGAUCAUCAAAUGUGUGGAUUCCAGAAAUAAAUUGCGUUGUAGGUGAUUGUCGAAAAAAAAAUCGUUUCAAUCCAUUACUAUCAAAAACAUACCAAGAAGAUGGUCGCAUGUGGUCAAUACUGUAUGGCGAUGGAUCAAAUGCACAUGGAUUAUUGGGACAAGAUUAUUUUGCUUUUGGACCAAAUGAGAAUGAUUCAUUAAUAAUUCCAAAUAUCACAUUUGGAUUGGCUCGAAAACUGAGUGGAUUUAGUGAUGAUCCAGUUGACGGUAUUGUUGGCUUGGCUUUUACAUCGAUUGCUGUGGAUGGUGUCACACCACCAUUAAUUGCUGCCAUUAAUCAAAACAUCCUUAAUCCACCUCUUUUUACUGUCUGGCUACAUCGCCGAGGUGCACAAGAGAACGUCUUUGGUGGUCUAUUUUCUUAUGGUGCAAUAGAUGACGUGAACUGUGGUGACGUGAUUGAUUAUGAACCAUUAUCAUCGACAACAUUUUGGCAAUUUCGUUUACGUGGUAUUAAAGCUAACGAAUAUUCGAUAAGGGGAACAUGGGAAGCGAUAUCGGAUACGGGAACAUCAUUAAUUGCUGGACCCACUGGCAUUGUCAAUCGUUUGGGUGCAGCUGUCAAAGCAAAAUACAAUCAAAACGAAGAAAUGUUUUUCAUAAAAUGCGAUGCUAAACCUCCUCCAGUGACGCUAAUCAUUGGCUCUCAUGAAUAUAACAUACAAUCGGAAAAUUACAUUGUUAUGGUUGAAAACAAUACCUGCAUUUUUUCAUUCUUUGCCGCAGAAGGUAAUGGUUUUGGACCAACAUGGAUAUUUGGUGAUCCUUUUAUUAGACAAUAUUGUCAAAUUUAUGAUAUCAACAAUGAACGGAUUGGUUUUGCACCAUCAAAAUAA